GUGGAAGCUUUUCCGUUAUUCUGAGGCAGUUGGGCUGAGGCGGUUGGUCCCCUCUCCCUCCGUCCCUCAUCUACAUUUUGAUUGGCUUAUUUUUGUAUUGUUUUCUUUCAGUUUCCGAUUGGUGGAGAACUUUCUGCUAAAAGCUUUUGUUCCAGUCCAUCUGUGGCGUGUUAAAGGUGUCUGGAACUGGAUUACAGUUUCUUCUGUUGAAUGCAGUCUUUGAAUGCUGCCUGGCCUAUCGCGAAUACAUCCCUGCCUUCGACAAGACACAGCUGAAUCUGUAAGAGAUGCUACUGCCACUACCACCCCAGAGCUCCAAACCUGAGCCUACGAAAUCUCAGUCCAGCAAAAUUGUGCCGAGUCAUCAUGACCAGUCUGAAAAGACAGGGGAGAAUUGCCAAAUGAAGAUAUCUCCAUCUUCACUUCAGGAGUCUCCAUCUUCACUUCAGGGAGCACUCAAAAAGAGAUCAGCUUUUGAAGAUCUCACUAAUGCUUCUCAAUGUCAACCUGUCCAGCCCAAGAAAGAAGCCAAUAAAGAGUUUGUAAAAGAUGUUUCUAAGAAGAUAAACAGGAGCACACGUGCUCUUGGAUUGGCCAAAAAGAAUAAGCGGAAUCUAAAAUGGCAUAAGCUGGAAGUCACACCAGUAGUAGCCUCUACUACCAUGGUACCAAACAUUAUGGAGAAACCACUCAUUCCAGACAUAUCCACCACCUCCAAAAUACCCAACACUGAGGAGGCAUCUCUCUUCAGAAAGCCAUUAGUUUUAAAGGAGGAACCCACUAUUGAGGAUAAAACCCUUAUCAAUAAGUCAUUAUCUUUAAAGAAGUGCUCAAAUCAUGGGGAGUUGUCCCUAUUGGAAAAGCCACAGCCCCUGCAGGAGGAGAGUGGCAGUGAUGAUGAGUUUGUUAUAGAGCCAAUGACUUUUAAGAAGACACAUAAAACUGAGGAGGCAGCCAUCACCAAGAAGACAUUAUCCUUAAAGAAGAAGAUGUGUGCAAGUCAGGGGAAGCAGUCCUGCCAGGAAGAGUUGUUGGCUUUGCAGGAUGUCAAUACUGAAGAGGAUUUCUUCUUUAUGGAGUCAAUGAGUUUUAAGAAGUCUAAAACUGAGGAGUCAAUCCCAAUCCAUAAGCUAUCAUCUUUAAAGAAGAAAUGUCCCAUUUAUGGGAAGAUGUGCCACUUUAAGAAGCCACCAGUAUUGCAGACAACCAUCUCCGGAGCGAUGUCCUCCAUUAAGAAGCCAUUGUCCUUUAAGAAGAAUCCUACCACUGAGAAGGCCAUCUGUAUUCAAGAGAAGCGCACCACUGAGCAUGAGAUGUCCAUCUUGAAGAAAUCAUUGACCUUGCAGAAGACCAACUUUAAAGAGAAUUCCCUUGUUAAGGAGCCAUUAGUCUUUAAGAAGAAGCCUAGCACUGAGGAGGCAAUCAUGAUGCCAUUAAUAUUAAAGGAGCAGCGCAUGACUGAGGGGAAGAGGUCCUGCCUGAAGCCAUUACUAUUGCAGGCGAUCACCUCUGGAGAGAAGUCGCUCAUUACAAAGCCAUUGUCCAUUAAAGAAAAGCCAUCUACUGAGAAGGAGUCCUUUUCCGAGGAACCAUCUGCAUUGCAAGAGAAGCACAUCACUCAGGAGGAGGUUUCCAUCUUAAAGGAGCCCUCAUCCUUGCUAAAGUCUCUAACCGAAGAGUCACUUUUUGAUGAGACUUUGGCUUUUACAAAGAAGUGUACCAUUGAGGAGGCACCCUCUACCAAGAAGCCUUUAAUUUUAAAGAGGAAGCACACCACUCAGGGGACAAUGUCCCACUUGAAGAAACCACUAGUAUUACAGACCACCUCUGGAGAGAAGUCACUUAUUAAGGAGCCACUGUCCUUUAAAGAAGAAAAAGUGUCUUUGAAGAAAAAGUGUACCAUACAAGCGAUGAUGUCCAUCUGUCCAGAACUGUUGGACUUUCAGGAUAUGAUUGGUGAAGAUAAGAAUUCUUUCUUUAUGGAGCCAGUGUCAUUUAGGAAGAACCCUACAGCUGAGGAGAUAGUACUUACCAAGACAUCAUUGUCUGUACGGAAAAAGAAAAUUACUCAGGGGAAGAUGUCCCACUUAAAGAAGCCACUGGUCUUGCAGAAGAUCAUUUCCAAGGAGGAGUCACUCUAUAAGAAGCUGUUGCCCUUUACAAUGAAAUCUACAACUGAAGAAAAGUUCCUCUUCCAGGAACCAUCUGCAUUGAAAGAGAAGCACACCACCUUGCAGGAAGUGUCCCUCUCAAAAGAGUCAUUGGCCAUCCAGGAGAAGACUACCACUGAGGAGGAAUUCUCUCAGGAACUGUUUUCAUUGCAUGUUAAGCAUACCAACAAAAGUGAGUCCCUCUUCCAGAAGGCUUUGGUCUUGCAAGAGAAGACUAAUACCAAAGAGGAUUCCUUGAAGAAGCUGUUGGCCUUGCAGGAGAAAAGUACCACGGAAGAAGAGUCCUUUAUCAAUAAGCUAUUGGUUCUGAAGAAGGAGCUUUCUGCUGAGGCAGCCACAAACAUAGAGAUGCAAUUAUCUUUAAAGGAGCAGUCCACUGCUCAGGGAGAAGUGUUCCUCUUGAAGAAGCAGUUGGCUUUGAAUGAGAACAUCAGUGAAGAGGAGUUUCUUAUUAAGCAGCCACUGGCCUUGGAGGGAUAUCCCAGCAUUGAGGAGGGGGAAACCCUCUUCAAGAAGCUUUUGGCCAUGCAAGAGGAGCCCAGCAUUAAGAAGGAGGCUGUCCUCAAGGAGCCCACUGUUGACAAAGAAGCUCACUUUAAGGAAACUUUGACCUUGCAGGAGAAGCCCAGCAUUGAGCAAGAGGCCCUCUUUAAGCAACACUUGGCUUUGUGGGAGAAGCCCAGCACUGAGAAGGAGACCAUCUUCAAAGAGUCUUUGGACUUGCAGGAGAAGCCCAGCAUUGAGAAGGAGACCCUCCUCAAAAAGCCAUUAGCCUUGCAGAUGUCUACCAUCAAUGAGGCAUUCCUCUUAGAAGAUAUGAUAACUCUGAAUGAGAAACCCACCACUAGGAAGGAGUUGUCCUUCAGGGAGCCAUUAGCCUUACUAGAGAGUCCCACCUACAAGGAAGACACCUUUCUCAAAACAUUCUUGAUUCCCCAAGUUGGAACCAGCCCAAAUGUGUCUGGCACUGCCCCUGAAUCCAUAACAGGCAAGUCCAGCAUUGCUACCGUGACCAGCAUGGGCAAAUCUGGUACCAUCAACGAGGCAUUCCUCUUCGAAGAUAUGAUAACUCUGAAUGAAAAACCCACCACUGGGAAGGAGUUGUCCUUCAAGGAGCCAUUGGCCUUACAAAAGAGUCCCGCCUGCAAGGAAGACACCUUUCUGGAAACAUUCUUGAUCCCCCAAGUUGGAACCAGCCCAUAUGUGUCUAGCACCACCCCUGAAUCCAUAACAGGCAAGUCCAACAUUGCUACCAUGACCAGCGUGGGCAAGUCCAGUACCACCACCGAGUCCAGUGCAUGUGAAUUUGCUUCUGAUAAACCUUUCUCACCACAGGCCAAGGGACCACCAAAGGAGCAGAUAACCCCAUGGGAAGAUAUUGACGAGGACAGCAGUAAUCCAAGUUUCAACCCAAUGUAUGCCAAGGAAAUCUUCAGUUACAUGAAGGAGAGAGAGGAACAGUUUAUACUUACAGAUUACAUGAACAAGCAGAUUGAAAUCACCAGUGACAUGAGGGCCAUUCUUGUGGACUGGUUGGUGGAGGUGCAGGUGUCCUUUGAGAUGACCCAUGAGACCCUGUACUUGGCAGUGAAGCUGGUGGAUCUCUACCUAAUGAAGGCAGUAUGCAAGAAGGAUAAGUUACAACUCCUUGGAGCCACUGCCUUUAUGAUUGCAGCAAAAUUUGAGGAGCACAACCCACCUUGUGUGGAUGAGUUUGUGUACAUCUGUGAUGAUAAUUAUCAGCGAUAUGAGAUGCUCAACGUGGAAAUCGACAUCCUGAACGUCCUCAAAUUUGACAUUAACAUUCCGGUCGCCUAUCAUUUUCUGCGAAGAUAUGCUAGGUGUAUCCACACCAACAUGAAGACACUGACCUUGUCCCGCUACAUCUGUGAGAUGACCCUGCAGGAAUACAACUAUGUCCAGGAGAAGGCUUCCAAGCUAGCUGCUGCCUCCUUACUACUGGCCCUCUACAUGAAGAAGCUCGAAUACUGGGUUCCCUUCCUGGAGUAUUACAGUGGCUACAGUAUCUCUGAGCUUCACCCCUUGGUCAGACGGCUGAACAAACUGCUGACUUUCAGUUCUUACGAUAGUCUCAAGGCUGUAUAUUACAAGUAUUCUCACCCGGUCUUCUUUGAAGUCGCCAAAAUCCCCGCCUUGGAUAUGUUGAAGCUGGAGGAGAUUUUGAACUGCUGAUUGUGAGGCCAAGGGCGUGGUACUCUAGCAGCAGCCACAGGACUAGGCAUGCAUGUUAAUAGGGUAUAUUUAUUCUGUGUUUGAAUUUGUCUUUUGAUUGCUUUUAUUCAUUUUUCCUCUCUUUGUCUUUUCCCAAACUGAUAAUGUUAUAAAUAUUUAUGUUGUUUGUUUUUAUGAAAGAAAAAAAUAUUGUCAUAUUUGACUACAAAUUUAAUAAAAAAUUAAUAGUUAUUGUUAAAA